GCGGAUCCGAGCGCAGCUAGGGUGGCAGCGGCGACGCGAUGGCUCCGGCUUUGGACCGGGAGGGUUACUGGGGCCCUACAACCUCCACACUGGACUGGUGCGAGGAGAACUAUUUUGUGACCGAGUACGUCGCCGAGUUCUGGAAUACAGUGAGUAACCUAAUUAUGAUCAUACCUCCAAUUUUGGGUGCAAUUCAGAGUAUUAGAGAUGGACUGGAAAAGCGGUACAUUGGUUCUUAUUUAGCACUCACAGUGGUAGGAAUGGGAUCCUGGUGUUUCCACAUGACUCUGCAAUAUGAAAUGCAGCUAUUGGAUGAACUCCCAAUGAUUUACAGCUGUUGCAUAUUUGUAUACUGCAUGUUUGAAUGUUUCAAGAUGAAGAACUCAGUCAACUACCAUCUACUUUUUACUCUAGUUCUAUUCAGUUUAUUAGUAACCACAGUUUACCUUCAUGUAAAAGAUCCCAUAUUUCAUCAGGUCAUGUAUGGAAUGUUGGUCUUUACAUUAGUACUUCGAUCUAUUUAUAUUGUUACAUGGGUUUAUCCAUGGCUUAGAGGACUGGGGUAUACAUCUUUGGGUUUAUUUUUAUUGGGAUUUUUAUUAUGGAACAUAGAUAACAUCUUUUGUGACUCGCUGAGGGACUUUCGAAGGGAGGCGCCACCUAUUCUAGGUGUUACCACACAGUUUCAUGCAUGGUGGCAUAUUUUAACUGGACUGGGUUCUUAUCUUCACAUCCUUUUCAGUUUAUACACUAGAACACUUUACCUGAGACACAGACCAAAAGUGAAAUUUCUCUUCGGAAUCUGGCCAGUGAUCAUGUUUGAGCCUCUCAGGAAGUACUGAUGAGAUUAUUCCACCAUUAAAACAAAGACACUUAUCAUAAACCUGACAGGAUAAAUAAGAGAUAUCUAAAGAUCUACAUAUUCAAAUACAUCAUGACCAUCACAACAGAGGAGUGAUUUUCUAAUUAAUGCCCUGGCCACAGGGAGGAUGAGGAAUGGACCUGUGGGAUGUUGGCUCCUGGCUUUAUCUCAUUUGUCCUCCUCAUCUUCAUCCUAAGAUGUUCAUAAAGAAACAGAUGUGUAUUUAUAUUUUAGAAUGCUGGGGAAAUUGGGCUUUUCUUAACAGGUUAACAGUUUGUGCUGGUCAUAGGAAAUUAACCAUUUUUCUUUUUGACAGGGUUGCAUGUGAAUUAUACCUUUCUUAAUGUUUGAUUAAAUGAUGAAAAUAGUCAUUAAGUACUGGCAAACCCUGUAUCCAGAUGGCCAGCUGUGACACACCACUUAGCUGUGUCAGCUUUGGUUUAUAGUGUUGUCCUAUUAACCUCACAGAUGAUUUUCCAAGAUGGAGGGGAAAAAGAGAGCUCCCUGUGGGAUUAAAGAUAGCACCUCUUCACUGUCCAUCUUGGUGCUAGGCAGAUGGAAUAGUAUAAGCAAAUUCAGACUGGCCAGUGGGUUCAAUACUUGUCACCUCCCAGGAUUUGCCAUGGGCUCUGAGAUAUCUGUGGACCAUGACCAAUCAGAACAGGCGGGUCAUCUUUUAUCCUUUCUGAAGCUCCACCAGGACACCUACAGACUGCUGCUCCUCAGUUAAAGGUGGUUGCUUCCUUUGCUUUGAUCUUUGCAGAUCUUUAAAUUGUAUCUGUUUUUAUGGCUAGGCAAAUAUGAUGGUUGAUCUAGCCUACCCAUAUCCCAGUCUCCUAGCUAACUUAUUUGAAGUUAUCAGGGAAUGUCAUAAAAUGCUGGCUUUUUGCCUUAUGUGAUAUUUUCCAGUUCUCAGAGAGGCCAUAGUUGUGCCCAGGGAAGUAUGUCAAGUUAACUAGAGAUUAAAUGGUCAGAAUUCUAUUUAUAUAAAGUUUAUUAAAAUAUCUGCUCCUUCAUUUUUUGAAGGAAAUAGAUAUAAAGGACAAGUCUCUUUUUUAAGCCAGUUUCUUCAACAAUAAAAUGGAGCUGUUAAUAGUUACACUGCAGAGUUUACAGAUUAAAUGCCCAUCUACUAUUAAGUAGAUGCUUCAUACAUUUGAAUGGAUUAAAUGAAAAUAAUUUCAUUAAAAAAUUGUAACUUGCAGAACAUCCAAAGAUUACAUUGCUAAGAAAUAGCAGUAAAAUCUCAUAUAAGUCAGCUAGUUAUAAUUUUGAUUUGAAUGUAUAACAAAUUGAAUCACUUUUCAUAAUCAAAAAAUGAAGGAGCAGAUAUUUAACGUCUAAUGAUUACAUUUUGAGCUAUGGCUUCAAAAGAAAAAUUGGUUUUUCUUUUCUGCCAAGUUUAAAAAAACACUCUUGUCAUUUUUCCAAUAUUCAGUAAGUAACCUUGAUACAUAUUUAAAGCCAAAAAUUGUUUUAUUUACCUACUGGCCUUAGUUUUAGCCCGAGUACUAUUUUCCUUCCCUUAGCAUAGCAACAAGCCAUUGGGCAGAUACUUCCAUCUACUUUUUUUUUUUUUUCCAUUUACUUUUGAGCAAGAACAAUACCUGCCAAAACGUAAACCUGAAGAGUACCUUGGUUGUGUUUAGAAGGACAUAAAACUAUGUAGUUCCAGUGCAGUCCAUAAAACUUUUUUCUUUUGCCACAAGAUUAUAACUUCUGGCUACAUUCUCCUCCAUCUAUCUUUGGCUAUCACUUUAGAAAGAAUUAGUUUCACACCGUUAUAUUUUUGUACUGCAUGAAGAAUCCAUUUAUGGGAACAAAAGCACAUCCUUCCUGACUUCUGCUAAUAUCAUAAGACUGAUAUUCUGCAGUAGUAAAGUCAGAUUAAGAGAGCGCCCUGAAACUGGGCCAUUUAGAACUAUUUGUUGAAUGUUCAAUUCAGCCACUACCAUUGGUCAUUUGAAAAUUGCCCAGCAUCUCACUAUAGAGACAUCUGCACUCCUGAUGACUUGUAUGACUAGUCAGUUCUUCAAAGACCUUUAUUACUGUUUUGAGGACAGACAGCAUGAAUGCUCCACAUAGAACACUGUAUAUGUGUUGAGUAGAAAUCAGAGAAAAAAAAGCCAGGCCUCUUAAUUGGCUUUUUAAUUUUCCAAGUCAGUUUGUACCUACACAAUGGCUCUCUUAUUAGCAACAAGUGACACACUCAGUACUUUGUAUUGGUGCCAAAUUGUAUGCAAACGUUAAUUCAUCUUUAUUUCAAUGGCUUCAUCUUUUUCCUUCUUGGAUUCUGGGUAGAUAUUACAGGAUUGGAUGCCUACCCACUCCCUUACCUUCAUUUACUUAGAAAACUUCCUGUUAACUAGAGUGUACAAAAAGCCUGUUUCCUGCUGAGCAAAUAAUGAUAUGUUUGCUUAUCACCUGAUGUGAAAGGUGCUCAUCUGUGAGCUCAGAGCAAAUUACAUUAAUACUUUAUUAGGAUGUUAAAGAAGCACUUUGCUCUUUUGAAGAUCUUUCUUGUGUUGUCAUUUUUUCUUUAGAAAACUGAAAACAAUUUGACUUUGUUUUAGGGGAAAACUAAGUGAAAAGUGUUUGUGUUAAUCUGAUUGAGCACUUGUUGGCUACCCGCCUUGGCACUUUCAUGAAACAGUCCCCACCACCUGAAGUCAUCUCUUUUAUUUUUAUGAUAUGCUGAUGAUUAAGGAUCAUUUGUUUUUCAGUGAUCUUCAAGUGAGAACCAAAAUAAUGGUAUUAAAAUAGUUUAAAAGAAGUAGAUCAAGUAUGAUGGUUUAGACAUAAUGCAAAAUUCAACAUACAGCAAAAUUCCGGGUUAAUCUGAACUUUCUCUACACAGAGGAUUUUUCUUAUACUAAGGAGAAUGAGGUGUGAGAAGGAGGUGUGAGUCUAAGAAAACUAAGAGACCAAAAACUUAAGUGCACAUGCAUGAAAUCUCUAGUUGCCUAUAGAAGUUGUUCUACUGUAAUACCAGUACCUACUGAAUUUAGCCAAUACCCCUAAAAGUGUCUAAAAAUUUAAGGUUUUCUUAUGUGUUCUAUGAGUUCCAUAUUGCUUUGCUCUUGAAAACAAUUAUUUGUUGCUAAAAUUGGCAAUAUUAACUUCUAACCCCACAUUUACAUAAUAGCAAAUUCUUCUGGCCUGUGAUUUAUGAUGUGCUGCUAGAUAAGCAUUUGUGUAAAAUUGAUGUUUCAAAGAGAACCAGUUACAAUUGUAAUUUGCAGCUAUGUGGCUAUUUGCGGAUCUACCUCUGUCUUACAUUAUGUGCCAUAUAUCAAUGGUAUAAUAUAAUUAGUUUGACC